AUGGCAUCCACACGUACUGCGAGCCGAUACACUACUCAUUCUGCAAAGGCUAGAAGGUCGAGGAUAUUCAACAAGGACAAGCUUAACAUGCGGGACGAGAUAAUCGUAGCCGGAGAUGAAAGCGACGCAAAGCGUCAACCAUCACGAGAGCCGCAGUCGUCGCCGUCGGUGGUCUGUCUCGAUGGGACUACAAUACCACCGACCGAGCCCGCAGAGGCCAGUGACCAACACCCAAUACAGCCCGAUGGGGAAGAUACGUUAUCUGAGUAUGAUCUCCUCUGCCAUGGCGACAUAGAUCGGGCUGCACCGAUGCCUCCUCCAGGAUGGCCGUCGGAUGACCAGAGGAGGUGGAAUCCUCUUCAGAGGCAAAUACCUUUGUACACAUCCGUGUUCGGUCGCAACCAGCUAGAGCGUCCGAGUUCCUUCACGCGCCUCUUUGUCCGCACAACCGGCGACGGUUCACCUCAUGACGAUGCGUCCAGUGUAGACUCCCGUCAAGAGGAUAUAAAACCCAUCCUCACGCAACAAGCUCCUCCUGUUCCUGUUAAGAGCAAAUCUUCCAGAGCAUCAGCCACCUCGAGGCGAAGCACCAAACAGGCAUCGGUCAGCAAGUCAUCCCAUAAGCGAAGCCGAAAGGGCGCAUCUCGCGAUGACCACGAUCAGGAAGGAGAUUGCUUCAUGGGUGAAGCUGAUGUUGUCCCCAAGAAGCAAGAGGAUAAUGGCCCUUGGGUGUGUCCGUUUUUUAGAAAGGACCCAACCCGUCAUAUGGACUGCAUAACCCUCACGCUGAACCGCAUCCAAGACGUCAAGCAACAUCUCACUCGACGACAUACGGCCGAGUUGUACUGCUCGACAUGCUUUCAAGAGUUUCAGCUCCAUCAGGAGUGGGAACAACAUACUCAACGCAGGGACUGUACAAGGCGGCCUUGUCCGCCUCACCGCGUCACACCACAAGCCCAGGACCGUCUUAAGGUCCGUGUCGAUAGGACAAUGACUGCUGCGGAGCAGUGGUAUGAGAUCUGGAAGAUUCUGUUUGAGGAUGAGAAACCGCCACAUAGCCCUCAGCAGGGCAGUGUGAUUGGGGAGGUGAUUAGCAUCAUUCGUGAUUGCUGGAAUGAAGAGAGGAGCCAGAUUCUGUCUGAGCUUGCCAGAAGUAAAGGAAUAUCGGAGGAUGAGGCUGGUCUCCUUGGGAUGCUUCUGCCUGGACUUCUCGAUCGAAUCCAAGAUCGGGUUGACCCUCCGCAGCGCGACUCUGGGGUGUCUGAAACCCCUUCUAACACAGACAGCAGCAUCCCAAGGAGACCAGCCUCAUCCUCCGAUAUUCCUUUACCUCUGGCAGACUCAGCAUUUCUCGCGCCGACCAGCGACUAUAGUGCUACUCCCAAGCUAUCUAAAAGUCCUUCGCCCACGACUCCUAUCUUGCCGAGCAUCUCGGACUCGAAUUUCCAACCUUUGAAACUAGAACAGUUCGGUUAUGAUCCAUCAUCGCAAGAGGAUUCUUUCGACCAGAUGAUGGAGCAGCCGUAUGCAACCUCGGCUGACAAUGACGAACUCGCCAUGGCAUUUAGUGGCCAGCUCGAGGGGAACUGUCUGGAAACCCGUGGACUUCUCGGCUAUAUGGAUCCUGUGAUAGAUUACAAUGGCCUGGGUACGUCAGCGUUUGCGUCCAGCAACCCUGUUUGGACCCCCCAAUAUCCUGGGCACCUCAUGUUUGACGGGAGUGAUGUGACAGGUGAGUUGGUGCUGCCGCAACCAUUCGAUUAUCCUAAUGCCAGACGAGCAGAUCUGCAACCAAUGGUGAAUCAACCCUUGAAGCAAAGAUGUCAGGGUGAUCACAACAUACGUUAA